UGGUUAUAAUUAUCAAACCAUAAUUCCAUCUCAUGUAAGAAUCUAUCUUAAAUACAAAAGUUUACCGCCUUACUAACUCCCGCGGAAGAAUGGCAUUUAUAUUAUUUAGUUUAAAGAUUUAAUUAUUACAUGCACGUGGUUGUCUCCCAACCUUACAUUCCCUAUUAUAAUCUGGACACGAAUCCAUCAUCCAUUAAGAUUUUGGACUCUUAAUCUUUACUCUAAUUACCCUUCAAUUAAUCUGUUCAAAAUUCCCAUUAUUUUCUCUCAAUUUUCUUUUUACUGAUCUUCAUAUCAAGCAGCAACAAUGGAGCGUUCUGGAUAUGGAAGAGAUGGGAUUUACAGAUCACUUAGGCCACCGUUAAUCAUGCCAUCUAAUCCAAAUCUUGAUAUGGUUUCAUUUCUCUUCCGAAACAUCCAUUCUUACCCUGAGCAACCUGCUUUGAUAGAUUCUAAUUCUGGGGAUAUCUUAAAUUUUUCCCAAUUAAAAUCCAUGGUCGCUAAGGUUUCUCAUGGAUUAACCCAACUGGGUAUUCAAAAAGGAGAUGUUAUUCUAAUGUUUGCCCCAAAUUCUGUUCAAUACCCAGUAACUUUUGUGGGUAUAAUCGCAAUUGGUGCUAUCGCAACUACCGUAAAUCCUCUUUAUACUGUUACUGAAAUCAAGAAACAAGUUCAAGAUUGUAACCCUAAAUUGAUCGUAACUGUCCCUGAAUUAUGGGAUAAAGUAAAGGGUUUAAACUUACCUGCUUUGAUUUUAGGAUUUAAGGAUAAUGGGUAUCUUGUUUCUAAUUCCAAAAUUGUUUAUUAUUCUGAUUUGAUUAAUGGGUCUUGUGUAGAUUUUCCAAAGGUUUUGAUCAAACAGAACGAUACUGCUGCAUUACUGUACUCAUCAGGUACAACUGGUUUAAGUAAAGGAGUAAUUCUAACUCAUGGGAACUUCAUUUCUGCUUCAUUAAUGAUAUCUAAUGAUCAAGAAUUUGAACGGGAUUUACAUGAAGUGUUUUUGGUUGUGAUUCCAAUGUUUCAUGUGUUUGGAUUGUCUGUGAUUUUGUAUGCCCAAUUGCAGAAAGGUAAUUGUGUUGUGUGUAUGCCGAAAUUCGAUUUCGAGAUGAUGUUGAAAGCUAUUGAGAAAUAUAGGGUUACUAGAUUGUGGGUUGUUCCUCCAAUUAUGCUUGGAUUGGCUAAACAGAGUGUUGUGAAGAAGUAUGAUCUUUCAUCUUUGAAACUAAUUGGAUCUGGUGCUGCACCUUUGGGGAAGGAGAUGAUGCAAGAGUGUUCUAAAAAUAUUCCUCAGGCUUUGAUUGUUCAGGGGUAUGGUAUGACCGAAACAUGUGGAGUUAUAUCAAUAGAACACCCAAGACUAGGGAGUCGACACUCUGGCUCAGCUGGAAUGCUGGUUUCCGGUAUUGAAGCUCAGAUAAUCAAAGUAGAUACAUUGAAGCCUCUUCCUCCUAAGCAAAUGGGUGAAAUAUGGGUUCGCGGGCCUAAUAUCAUGAAAGGUUACUACAAUAUUCCCCAAGCCACAAAGUCGACUAUCGAUGACCAAGGCUGGCUACAUACCGGAGAUCUUGGGUACUUUGACGAGGAAGGGCAACUUUAUGUUGUUGACAGACUCAAAGAGCUCAUCAAGUACAAGGGUUUUCAGGUUGCACCAGCAGAACUUGAAGCCGUUCUUCUUUCACAUCCAGAAAUACUUGAGGCUGCAGUGAUCCCCUUUCCUGAUGAUGAAGCGGGUGAAGUUCCAAUUGCAUUUGUCGUUAGAUCACCUAAAAGUGCCUUAACGGAAGACAAUAUCAGGAAGUUUGUCGCAGAUCAGGUUGCACCUUACAAGAGAUUAAGGAAGGUAACAUUUUUAAGCUCUAUCCCAAAAGCAGCUUCGGGAAAGCUUCUAAGACGCGAGCUUAUUGAAAAAACUCGAUCCAAGUUGUAAACUUGUAAAGAUGAACACUUUUGAUUUGCUGUUAAAGAGAUGGAAAGCACAAUCAGCUGGUGAUAACAUCAGUACCUAUGGUUGCUUAUUCUGUAUAUAGCUCUAUUUUUGUUUUCCUGGGUUAAAAAUAGACCUACCAAACGGUCAAAUAGACGGGUUGUGGGUCGGGUCAUGUAGGAUCUACUUAAAAUGAAUGGUGAUACUUGUUAUUCUAUCAGAAAGGCACUCAGCUGUUAUGUAGGAUCUUUUCAAGUUUUAUAAACAUAGUUGUUUGAUUAGUUUAGAAUACAUUUGUUUCAUAUCUUGCAAACAUAUAUUGAUUGUUGUAUGUAAACUGUUAAUCAGGAAAUAAAAAGCAUCUUACUGA